AUGAGGGACAUCAGGGCCCUGCUGGAGCCUGUACAUUCCCUGGACCAGACGAUCUCCAUCGUUGAAACGGAAAUCGCGGCACAAGACAGCGAGGUUGACUCCCUAGAAAGAUGGGUCAAGAGCCUUAACUUCAAAAGGUACAGACCAAUGCGAGGUUGGCCUGUUGAGUUGCGAAACGCCCAUGCCAAGUAUAAGGCAUUGGGAAUGGCCAUCCGCCGCCCACGGGUUAAAUUCGAGAACGCCGAGAGGGAGUACCUUGAGACCCGAGACCGUACCCCCGAGGACAGUCUCGAUUUGGCACAUCUUGCCAUCGAGUACGGAAAGGUUGCACUCGAAACCUCUGAGGCCCGUCUCGACGUCAUGAUCCGUUGGGACCGAGCAUUUCCCGAUGAGAACGCAAUGAAAGGCCAUAUUCAAGCAGCCAGCCAGUUUGUUGCCUGUGCUCGAAAGUCGCUGGAUUCAGCCACCAAGUAUCGCAACGAGGUUUAUGACCUGGUACGCACCGGUUCCCCUAGCGUCUUUGAAUAG